GGAGAGCUUUAUCAACAAAACGGACGAUUGUGUUGUCACUACGAUAGCCGUGCUCACUAACGUCCAUAGUGCUGAUGGGGCACCCUCAAACGGCUAGGUGUGUGGCUUAGCAACAUUGCAUGACGCACGAGUCGCCAAUGACGACUGCAGCCUCGAAGACGUUCCUGCAUGUCUUGACGAAUUCCGUAUCAUGAAACGUUGACAGUUGUAAGGUCGAUAACAUCAUCGGAUAAACGAGGCUGUAACUCCUCCUGGGCAGCUCUAGGGACCUUUGCUCUCCUCUUACCCGCGCAGUCGGCGACCACGAUCGUUUUAGAAAGAGACAGCAGCCCUUCCAGAGAAAAGCUGCAACACGCAACACGCAACACAUGAUGAAGCGAUCAGUAUCGCGACGCAAGCGAGUAGCAAACGAGCAUCUCAUUGUUGGAGGCUAUCAAGACAACGCCAAACUGUCCAAACCGCCAAAAGUGCAUGAAAAACCCCGAAAUCGGCUUCAAAAGCGGGUCGCUCCAAUGGAUGCACUGCUCACCCCGUACCUUGCUCGUCUUGGCUUCACAGCGCCUUCCACAAACCUCUUCGUUCUUGAGUUCGAAGAGUACCCUUACAACACUCUCCCAAGCAAAUUUGUAGGCGUCUACUCAACAGUCGACUCCGUGACAACUGGCGCCAUUGAGCAUGGCGCAUACACAUUCUCAAGAGAAGGGCUCCUCGAUGGCAGCGAGUAUCUGAGCGCCACAGGGCGUAUCAGGAUCCACACACGGUCGGUACAGCAGUCUGGCGCCGAGGUGGCGAUAUCCACACGCAGCCACAGUUUUGACGGGACGCCGGCAAGGCAGACCGAGAUCGUCAGAUCAGAUAUCCCCCAUCCUAGCUCGCGGUUCCACACCUUGCGAGAAGUGAGCAGGCCUACAGAAACCGUCUAUCUGGCGGUCAGACAGGGACCGACUGCGGCGCAUUGCUUGGGCGCGUUUGCAAGACCGAGUCUGGCAUGGGGUGCGUGUCUGAAGAACAAAGCGAGCUGCGCGUUGGAAGGGGUGUUGAGUGAGGAGAGUAGAACCGUCGAUGCAGAGGGGAUGCCGCGAGCGACUGCUAGGCUGCAUGGGCGCGGGCAGCAUGCGUGGUUCGUGGACGCAAAAGAGGUGGAU